AGAGAAUGAGCUUUUGUGAGGAGCUUCCUCUGGCCUGGAGAGCUGGAGUGGGGUCGCCGCGAGUUUCCCAUCGUUAGACAUGCGUGGGGGAUGUCUUAUAAAAGGACCGACACCAUUACCUGCAACAUUGCUCUCACAGAAUUUAAACGUGCAACAGCUCUUGUGGCCCAUGUUCACAGUUGCAAAACGUCCGUACAUCGAAUCGUCGAGAGAUCUCGAAUCGGUCACUGCUCCAGAAGCUGCUCGGACUUUGAUUCGUCGAUCGGCUAUUUCAUCGUUACGAACUCACCGCUUUCCUGCUCAGAACGUUCGACGGGUGCAAGGAAUUUGUAAGAUGGCAAAAUCGAUUUUGAGAUUGCUGGUGAUCGCGGUCGUGUUGAACGUCGCAGCCUGCCAAACUUUUCAAUACAGUCGAGGGUGGACGAAUGGCAAACGCAGCAACGAUUUCGCCACAUUAUCGAUCGCAAAACUCUUGGAUUUACCAACUCACAGUGUCGAUCUACGCACGACCGAAACAGUGUCGACUUUCUGCUGCGAGGACAGCUGCUCCACGAAAAAGGCUGUCGCACUGCUCAAGACCAACGGAAAAUCUCAGUUGUACCUCGUGCCCUGCGAUCUUCUUCACGCUCGUCGUCGAAACAUGAACGAAGAGAAAGUGCAGGAUACCGCACCGGCCGACGGCCAUUUCCGUCGCUCGUUAUCCACCGAAUACGACAGUAACAACGACAAUUAUUGAUACUAGUAUCAAAGCAACUCAUGAAUCAUCGACAUUGAUAAAACGCUCGAGAAAAAAAUCGUCAAAGCUCUUUCGUUCUCAAAGCCCUUGACUUCAUUGUAGACCAAAUGAUUAAAAUUAACAUUUUUAUGAUUUUUUCAUCGCCAGGAUAAAAAUAUACGAGGACAUUGAUUUUCCGGUUGAAUUUGUUACUGAGCAAUCGAAACGUCUGACAAAAAUGAUAAUUUAAUUAAAUUAAUGACUCGAGUAAGAUUUUUUUAUUAGAUUCUUUGUGUUGUUAAUAAUUUGUGGUCUCGUUUGUAUCGUUUCAUAAUGAUUGAGCAAGCGUAAAAUAAAACAAAUCAAAUCAUUUAAUGCAAUUAA